CCAGUUUGUCCCACUACAGCUGAUCGGAAAACGCUGCUGCUCCUAAACCAUGGCCGGUUCACUUUUAAUCCGCUUAAAUGUCGCAAUACAACGGCUCGAAUUGGCCAUCGCCUCCGUCUUGGGCAGAAGAUUUCCUCCAGAUGGAUACUGUUUGGCCGGUGUCGAAGUCCAAAACGAGCCUUCACUCCCGAAACCCGCCUUCUCCCUGAAGGAUAUUAUCGGGGAUGGCUUCCUCUGGGGGGUCCCCACGGCCAGGCGCACCAUCGAAAAAAGGAUGAAGAGGAAAUAUGGGCAUCCAGAUUACGUCAUGAAGAUCCUCCAGCCCAAGAAGAAUAUCAAAACGUGCAGUGAGUGUGGGGAUGAUCACUUAAUCGGAGUCUUGUGCCCCACGUGUUACAAAAAAGUUAUUGACGAAACCAAAGAGAUGCAAGACGCCAUUCAGAAAGAAUUACAACUGUCUCCAGUCGAAAACGAGGUGGUUGUUCUAUACGAAGGCGAGAAAGCUGGAAAACCUGAUGAAUUUUUCGAAGGGAAACGUAUUGUUGAAAUACCGAAACCACGGCCUGCAUGGUUCAGCAAAAACCUUCUCCAACAAACAACACAGCAGCCAGCGACAACAACUGAUGUAAAACCGUCAGAUUUAGGUUAAUGGUUGAUUGAAUAAAUAAACACGUACUUUAGAAAA